GAGACACUGGAGAUGUGACGAUGCUGCGCUCUCGGAGCAAAAUGUGACUUGUCUGGAAUCCCAGGACCAUCCCAAAAGUUUCAGGUGGCAGAUUAUUCCUCCAAAAUGGAAGACGAGCUGGCGCUGUCUGAUCAGGGUUCUGAUGAGGGUGAGGAGGUUUUGACACCUGCUGAGCUUAUUAAUAAGUUGGAAGAGGCCUGGCUCAAUGAGAAGUUUGGACCAGAACUGUUGGAGAGCAAAUCUGAGAUUGUGGAGUGCGUAAUGGAACAACUAAGUCACAUGGAGCAGAAUCUGCGCAGGGCAAGACCUGGAGAUCUGAAGAUCAGCUUCCACCACAUGGAGAUUGAGCGUAUACGGUACAUGCUCAGCAGCUACCUGCGGAGCCGUAUGCUCAAGAUUGAGAAGUUUUUUCCUCACAUUCUUGAGAAAGAGAAAAGCAGAGGAGAGGGAGAACCUCCUCACUUGUCCCCGGAGGAGUUUGCCUUUGCCAAAGAGUACAUGACAAACACAGAAACCCUAUUAAAGAGUGUGGCUCUGCGUCACAUGCCGCCAAAUCUGCAGACUGUGGAUCUUCUCAAAUGUGUCCCAAAACCAAACCUGGAUUCCUUUGUAUUCCUGAGAGUGAAGGAGGAACAGAAGAACAUCCUGGUGGAACCAGAGACAGAUGAGCAAAGUGAAUAUGCUAUCGAUAUGGAGGUCGGAUCUCAACAUCUGAUCCGUUACCGGACCAUUGCACCCCUUGUGGCUUCUGGAGCUGUAAAACUCAUUUAACUCGACAUAGUGGAGCAACCUUUAUCUUAUCCUGCAGGGGGCAGUACAACAGUAGAUUAGAUUGAUUUGUAAAGCACAACUAAAGAACCUGAAGAAACCUAUAGUAAAAUGCUGAUUAAGCAGUUUCACCAACAUAGGAUUGGGUAUUUGGCUUAUGGAAUUGUAAAGCCUUUAUCAUGGAUGCCCUUGGGAGAAGUGUGAGUAAAGAUCUGUGUGCUUUGUGAGACAAUGCUACUUGGAUUUCCAUCUUGAUAUUAUAUCAUUGAUAAUAUAUACAGGUAUGGGAUCCAUUAUCCAGAAACCCAUUAUCCAGAAAGCUCCAAAUUACGGAAUGACCAUCUCCCAUAAACUCUUUAUUUAAUUCAAUUUUUUUUGAUUAUUCCCUUUUUCUCUGUAAUAAUAAAACAGUACCUUGUACUUGAUCUCAGCUAAGAAAUAAUUAAUCUUUAUUGGAAGCAAGACAAUCCCAUUGCAUUUAAUUCAUGUUUGAAUUAUUUUUUUAGUAGACUUUAAGUAUCGAGAUCCAAAUUACGGAAAGACCCUUUAUCCAGAAAACCCAAGGUCCCGAGCAUUCUGGAUAACAGGUCCCAUUACCUGUAUUGCUAAGUAGGUAAAGUUGUCAAUCUGUAUGUCAGCACUGUGUAAAUAAAGGCUGAUAACAGUGGUUUAUACUGGUGUGAAAGGGUUCAGCGCUUAAAUUUGGAGGCCUGGGCCAUGCUGGUAAUUACAGAGUGUAAACUCAGCCUCAGGAAUGUGACCAGCAGAGAGGUCAGUAGGUACACACAGGGUUGAAACACAUACAGACUUGCAUCAGCUGGACUUGUGCCCUGCAGACAUAUAUGUAAAUAAACCAACUGUACUUGUCUGUUAA